CAAACGGAAGUACACCAUUAUACCGGAUAUGACGUAAGCUCAGCUGUCGACGUCCCAGCCCUCUUGGCGAAGCAGCCUGUCAGACAAAACGGAGGGACCUUAUUCUACUCUUCAUUCAAUGCUGCUACUGGGGUUCGCUGCCAAACACAGAUGGACUGUCAACACAGAAACAUGGCUGCCUCCGCGACGAGCAAGGCACAAAACAGAGAGAGCGCAACUACUGGCAGUCCGAAAUGUCACGAAGAGUCUCUGUCGCAGUCACGGGACAUAAUACAACCCACCAUCACGGAGCUGACCAAAGAAGUGAGGACGAACAUCCUCUGCACCGUGGAGGGAUGUGGCAAGAUUCUCCCCAACACACCUGCGUUGAACAUGCAUCUCGUUAAAUCACACAGAAUAAAGGACGGUAUUGUGAAUCCUACAGUCAGAAAGGACAUGAAGGGCUCUCAGAAGCUUUACUGCUGUCCUAUUGAGGGAUGUCCCAGGGGGCCCAACAGACCCUUCUCCCAGUUCUCCCUGGUUAAACAACACUUCAUGAAGAUGCAUGCAGAGAAAAAACACAAGUGCUUCAAGUGCAACAAUGGCUACAGCACAGAGUGGGACCUAAAGAGGCACAUAGAAGACUGUGGGAAGACUUACCACUGCACAUGUGGCUGCCCCUAUGCUAGCAGGGCUGCUCUACUCUCGCACAUCUACAGGACGGGUCACGAGAUUCCUACAGAACACAGAAUCCCUCCAGUAAAAAAGCGAAAGAUGGAGAAAUUGCUAAGUGGUCCCGAAAAGCUUAAGACCAACGAGUCAACCUUUCAGAUCAUGCCUGCCAGUAAAGAGCUGACGGAGGCUGUGCUCUCUUCUGAUACAACGGUUCAUAUCCCAGACUCGGUGAAUCAGAACUCCAACCCCCGCAGGAGCCUCCAGAAGUUGCUGCUACCAAAGCCCAAGAUGGCUUUGGUCAGUGUUCCUGUGAUGCAGCUGGCCCACUUGCCGGUCCUUCUUCCGUCUACAGAAAGCGGGGCUCUGAGGUCUGUAGUGCUGGCUGUGGACAGCCAAGGCUCCGUCAGCACCCUUCACCUCCUGCCACAUGGCACUGUGGUCCCCCAACUGGAUGCUAAGAGUUUGUGUUUCAAGGACAGCAUGCCUACUUCGCGCUCCAGCCUGGGGCCCAUUAGCACCGGGGUGCAGGUCAGUCUGGACCCCGCCAGCACAGAUGACUUAGCCAGCCUGGCAGAGCAACGGGGAAGAAGCACCUCCACCAACAUUCAGACGGACAAGUCGUACUUGUCGAAAGUGUUUACAGGAGUGGGGGUCGGGGAGGGAAUGGGGUUCUGCUCAGUGGGUGAGUCCUCGGUGUCGUCCUGCUCCCAAACAGACAUUAGCGUGAGUGCCCAAGUCCUCCUGCCAGUCAGUGUUGAAACCCAGACAUUCUCCUCCCGGACUAAAGCCACAUCCUCCAUUGGAGCACAGACAGACGGCCAGUGCAUGGGGCAAAUUCCUUGUUCCUCUUCGUCUGUACACCCGUACAAAACCAGGCAGACACAGACAUAUUUUGCCCUGCCACAAUCGGAUGAUAAGGCUCAGCAGCAGGCCAUCAUGUGCUCUGACCUAUUCGACAGCGACUCCCUCAGUGUCUCCACUCAGACCGCUUUGGACGUAAAUGACACUCUCACCGGAAGCAGUAUAUACGAGGACUCUAAGUCAGCUGGUGGUAUGUGUUUUGGGGUGCAGACAGAUGAGCUCAACUCCAACAACAUGGCCGAUAAUCAGACCCAAACGAUGACCUUGUUAAAUGAUUUAGAAAACAUUCUGUCUGACAGCAUGUCGGGCCACCAGGUGCUCACGGUGGCAUCUGAAGGCUGCGGGUCAGUUCUGGGAUCUGUUCAGGAGCAACACAACGGCAUUGACUUUGACUUCGAGGAGUUUCUCAAUGCCGUGCACAUCCAGACACAGACGGAGGAGAGUGAGCUGGGAGGACUGGGUGGUGACACGCCGCUGGAGUCUCUGGACAUCCAGACCCAGACGGACUUCCUUCUGAUGGAUGAACUGGACCAAAGUGAGGGACCAAGUCGAACCCAGGCCAGCGACCUGGAGCUGUUUGACACUCAAACUCAGACUGACCUCAAUUUCCUGCUGAACACCGGAAGCCACAUGCCCCUCGGCAGCAUUCUGCGACAUUCAAGCUUUUCUAUGAGCACAGAGUCUUCGGAUACAGAAACGCAGACGGAUCUCCCUUUAUUCGCCACAGGUCUCUCCGCUCAGACUCCCGCGAGUCAGGGUGAGCACGCCAGACUGCUGAACAGCACAGAGACACAGACCGUGACUAGCCAUGCGGAGGGCCUGGGUCACCUCUUCCUAACGAGCAAUGAAACGCAGACGGUCAUGGACGACUUCCUGUCAGCAGACCUGGCGUGGAAUAUGGAGUCCCAUUUCAGCUCUGUGGAAACGCAGACGUGUGAGGAGCUGUGUGCUCUCUUUCAGCACCCUGAGAAACCCAACAGCUGAAGCCCUCUGUGACUCUAAAGCUUUUGCAGUACAGGUUUCUCACGCCUGCCUGGUCCUGUGUGAGGAAUCAGUCAGCGCUGUCCUCCAGCGGAUCACCGUCUUAGCAGUAAGAAGUCUGCGAAAAUGUCUUUGAACAUUCCACUGGAGAUGCCCAGAGCCUCUCCAGGUCCAUAUCCUGACAGCUCGGCUGCACUUUAUUUGCUUAAUGGGCAUGAUUCAUCAGCUCCUGUGACAGUUUACAUAUUUAUUUGCACAUAAAGUAAUAUAUAUUGUAUGUGUAUUUUGUCUGAAAUGCCAGUUUACUUUAAUAUUUCAAUGUACAACCGCUAUGACUGGUUUUCACUGUUUGGUCUUACUAGCAGUUUAAAAAUGACUCAGCAUUUCGUCAAUGUAAGAUCUGCACUUAAAAGGGAUGACAUCUUUAGCUGUGCGUGGUUGUCAGAAAAAAAAAAAAAAAAAAGGCUUAUAAAUGUAUUGGUCUGUACGACAGAUAUGCAUAUUCUGCAUGGAAACAAUGUCAUCUCAGGUGUACAACAAAUAACAUUGUACAUUUAGUUUGUCUGGAAAUGUGCAUGAAGCAUUCACUUGGUCAGCAGAACAGAAACCUAAUAUAUCUACUCUCAGCUUGUGCAUCUAAUGGCUGCCUUGUUGAUGUUGCCUUGUCAGCGGCAGCAAGACUAUAAACUCUAAUAACAUCCUGUAAGCUUUGCCGUCAGUGGAAAACUUGACCGGUGGAAAUCGGCUUCAUGUUUUCCAAAAUAAAACCCCGUAGAGCCUUUAACGGUGAACAAGGCUUUGCUCAAAGCCUCUGAAACAUAGCGUUACACAUACAGAUGUGGCACAAGUAAAAUUGUUUGUCUUGUAAGUUGUUGCGCAGCUUCCAUUGAAACGUGAUGGUGAAGUUUGAUGUUGCUUAAAACACUUAUUUUGUUUUUGUGUCUGGGCCUCUAGCGAAGCAGUCGGUUCAAGUCAGUAAGCAGACUCUGCUGUAAAUGUGUUUGACUUAUUCAUUAGCUGGGUGUAAGUGUAUACAGUCGCAGUACUCCAGUAAUGUUACUGUACAGAAACACAUAGAGCUAUCGUAUGCAUUCACCACCUUAUGUUGACUGAAAGGAGUCCUGUUAAAAUCAACAGAUUUUCCACCCUUAUUGGACGCCAUAUUUUAAUUUAUUUCUUUUUUUAAAUGUCUCCAAGUAACUUAACUUAAUGUUUUGCUUUCAUGAUAUUGUUGCACUGAGUUACCUCAUUAAUCACAGGCACCACACUCAUAGAAGCUAGAGCUAAAGGCCUUGAUUACAUUUUGUUUUGUUGGUGCCUUAACCCAAGUAUUAGCUUUAGUUCUGUUACAGACAACGUGCUGCUUUCAAAUAUUUAAUAAUUAUCUGAAUUACUUUGUUUUGGAAAACGAACAAACAAUUUUGGUAUUUUCGUCAUGUUUGCGUGAAAUACUCUCCCCUUAUCGUCAAGAUUUCUGUUCUGUCACAUGAAAAUAAUGCUAUGUGGCAUUUUAUUGUAGUUUGACGGGUUUCAUUGAAGGGUGUAACAGCUAAUGCUGUUUAAGUUUUUACAAACUUUGUGUGUACAAACUGAAGGAUGUACAGAACAUGACACUGCCCAAGUUUAACCCGCAUCAUGUCCCAACAGUUGAAGGAUCAUUUCCCUGUUAUAAUAAGGACUUUGCCAUCUCCACAGCGUCUCCCUGCUGGCUGAGCGGCUCAGGGGUUUGAUUUGCUUUCAGCAGAGCUAUGUAGAAGUCAGUCUCAAGUGUCAAUGCCAGUGCUUUAUUUUCUCUUUGUAGGGAGUGCAUGCAGAUAUUUUCCCAGCACAAAAUAUUUGUUUCAGCAUAAUUUGAGUUUGUUGCCUAUGUGUGUAGAGUUGAUGGUUGCCUUGAUUAAUUGUUGAAGCUACACUACAGAUGUUGUUAAUAAACUGCUGGAAAGUGUAUAUUGUGCUCCUUGUCACUUACAUUAGAACAAAGGUGGAAGAGAAACGAUACAAAAAAAAGACGCACUUAAAUUAGUCAGCUUGAUCCUUUAAUUGAGCUCUCAGUUCAGCACAGUGGAAUAAAUUGCACAGAUGUUUUGGUGAUGCUUUCUUCAAUAUGUAAUACAUUUAGUUCUCCUGUAGUAAACAUAUAAACGGAGCUAAAUUAAUGAGA